CAUCAACUCUGGCACCAGCGUUCUUGGAACAGAAGAAUCCGUGUUUCCAGCGAGGACCGGGACUCGGAACUUGAGAAGGUGUUUUUCAUUUUAUUGCCUGGCGGAACUACGUCUUUUUGACGUACAAACGCCAGCGUUUUCUCAUUUGUUGAGACAUUUGUAUAGCAUGGCCAAGCAGUAAAAGCGUUACUGGACUGACAAAUAGGAGGGUACUAUGUUUCCAGCUCUUCACCACUUUUGCCAUGGUAUGCCUCCUGCACCUCUUUUCAGUGUGGUCCCAGUAUGCAGAUACUUAUCCUGGGAAAAUGAGCAACGGUGUCGCAGGCUACUAAAGGCAUCCACCAGCCGCUAUAGACAAGAGCCUAUAUCAGCAGCUGUAUUGGUGUCUCUGUGUUCUGUGGCUGGGGUUCCAGCUGUCUUGUAUACUCUGCGUUCCAGCACCAUGACUGGCAUGCACAAAGGAGAUGUCAGCUUCCCAGGUGGCAAGCGUGACUCCUGUGACCGGGAUGCCAUUGCCACAGCACUCAGAGAGACUCACGAAGAGCUGAACCUGCGUCUCGGGGAGGACUGUGUCUGGGGAAUCAUGAAGCCAGUGCCUGACAGGAGAGGAUUGGCUGUGGCUCCUGUACUUGCAAACCUGGGUCCUCUGGAGCAUCUGACUCUGAAGCCCAACUCCCAAGAGGUUGAGACUGUCUUCACGCUCCCCAUUUCCCACUUGCUGCAAGAAGAAAACCAGGGCUACACAAACUUCUGCCACAAGAGGCGAUACAGCCAUACACUGCCUGUCUUUCUGCAUGGCCCUCACCGCAUUUGGGGUCUCACAGCAGUAAUCACUGAUUUGACUCUGGAAUUGCUGGCUCCAGGAAAAUACCGCAGACAGACUCGAAUACAGGGCGCUCACUGAUCUUUGUGACCUGUGUCUAAAUGUUGGUUGCUAAGGUCUGGGCCCCCACUCUAUCACAAUUUAUCAAAAUACAGGUAAUCCCACCAGCCAGAUGCUAGCCACCUGCUUUUGGAAAACUCAAUACAAGUGCAUUUCUUCCUUCCACUACAGCAUGAAGAAAUCUGUUUGUUCCUUGGGCCCUUGAAGUUCAUACUUAUGUAUCAUUAAGAGGAUGAGGACCAGUUUAGCAAUCACCUAUCCAGCUAGUACAGCUACUGUAGGGCUUAUUUUUGAAUAAAACAAAUAAUUCAGCACUGAA